UAUUUUGUGGAUGGAAUAAAACACAUGCUGUUACGGGGAAAAUAACAACAGGGUGGUGUGAUUCGGACUGACUGUUACUGUCUUUUAUGUGUUACACCCCCAAAGUCGAUUGUUUCCCUAGUUAAUUUAGGAUUAUUGUUCUCCUAUCAUUAACUGUAAAAACCCUUCUUCUUAUUAUUAUAUCUUACUGGCCAAGUUUCACGCUAGGAUGGCACAGGCCACCCUUGACUACCCAUUAGCUCCGCCCACGUUUGUCCCUUCUAAAACUUCUACGACCUCGACAGGUUUUUUUUGUUUUUUUUAAUCUAUUUAAUUUUUUUUAAAACAGUUUACACGCCAUCUAGCGAUCGUUUGCAUCAUUACAAGCUUUUUCAUUCCGAGCCCAACACUUCCUGUUCGUAAGCAGUCCACUGAUUGGACCAUAAACAAUGACGUUACACGUGCGUGUGACUGUUACUAGCCAAUCGAAGUGUAAAAGGCCGACUGUCAUGGCUGCCUCCUAUGAGAGAACAUGUCUCAAAACAGUGUAACAGUGAACAGAAGUAUAAACUUCUACAUGUUAUAUUAGAAAAAAAUUGGUUAAUGGGGAAAAUAUAUCUGUAUAUAACUACAUAGUGGAUGAGCACGCGAGGUUGACUUUUAUUCAUUUAGCUAGCUAGCAUGGUUAUAUAGACUUGUACUACAUGCUAGCUUUGGUGACUUCUCAUUGACAGCUGACGCUAUGGCGUUAAUCUCUGCUUGUUUUCGUGUCAGACCCAGAGCUGUUCUGAGCUGCCGUUUAUUUUCCUCUGCAGCGAAAAGCAGAGACAGAGAAACGCGCGACGAGGUGCCGCAGUUCCGAUAUGUAGGAGGGCGCCGGAAGCCCACUGAUAAAGUGUUCGUGUGGGGCUUCAGCCACACUGGAGCGCUCGGCAUUCCCAGUUUUGUGAUUCCCGACAGCGGCAGGAAAAAACCCAGAAAAUACCAACUGACCCCUUACCGCCUCGAUACGGAACAAAAGAUCUCUUCAGCAGCCUGUGGUUAUGGCUUCACAUUAUUGGCAUCGAAUACCAAAGACGUCACCAAAGUGUGGGGUAUGGGCCUUAACAAAGACUCGCAGCUGGGCUUCCAACGCACCCAACACGAUCGGUACAAAACUUAUGACUAUGUGCUGGAGCCAUCGCCUGUGUCUCUGCCGCUGGCGAACCCUCAGGAGACACGCGUUCUCCAGGUGUCCUGUGGUCGAGCUCACUCUUUAGUGCUCACAGACUCUGAAGGAGUCUUCAGCAUGGGUAAUAAUGCCUAUGGCCAGUGUGGAAGGAAAAUCAUUGAGGAUGAAGUUUACAGCGGCAGCCAUCUUGUCCACAAGAUAGAGGGAUUUGAUGGUCGAGUUGUUCAGGUGGUGUGUGGGCAGGACCACAGUUUAUUCCUGACUGAAUCAGGCUCUGUGUAUGCCUGUGGCUGGGGCGCGGAUGGACAGACAGGUCUGGGCCAUCACAACAAGGCUGCGUUUCCUGUCCCAGUUGGUGGUGACCUGGAAGGGGUCAAAGCUCAGCAGGUCAGCACGUAUGGAGAUUGCAGCCUGGCUGUGUCCACAGAGGGUCACGUCUUUGGCUGGGGCAACUCGGAGUACCUGCAACUCGCCUCGGUCACAGAGACCACUCAGAUCAGCGCUCCACGCUUGCUUCCUCUGAAAGGAGUAGGUAAGGUGAUGCAGGCGGCGUGUGGGGGAACUCAGGUUGCCAUACUCAACGAGGAUGGAGAAGUGUUUGUGUGGGGCUAUGGGAUCCUAGGGAAAGGGCCUAAUCUGGCCGAGUCCGAGACCCCAGAGAAGGUGCCAGCGGCGCUUUUCGGGAAGUCAGAGUUUAACCCGACGGUAAAAGUGUCUCACAUCCGCUGCGGGCUCAGCCACUUCGCAGCCAUCACAGAUCGUGGAGAACUUUUCGUCUGGGGCAAGAACGUGCGAGGAUGUCUUGGAAUCGGGAAACGGGAUGACCAGUAUUUUCCAUGGCGGGUUCGUACGCUGCAGCCCACAAACUUCUCACUUUUGUCAUGCUUAAACCUAAUACACUACACAUGUGCUAGUGGAGAAUGAUUUGAAACUUCUCAAGAAAGGCUGUAAAUGUUUCUCAAGAUGACCCAUGCAGGAUUUUUGCAGGUGACCGUACCGGGUCAUGUGGUGGACGUCGCGUGUGGCGUGGAUCAUAUGGUGGCGCUGGUCAAGUCGAUCAUAUGAGCUCAAGAUGUAUUGGACAUCAAACUGCUUCCUUUGCUGACACCACAGAGCUCUAAGUUGAGGGCUGAAGCUUGAAGGUGUGUGCAUCUACAUUUCUUACCAUGCACUCAAGCAAGAAAAAAAAAAAAAACGUUUACUUAAUGCGACUAGGACACACAACACGUCGUGGAUAUGAAAAACUGACAUCUGGAAAUCCAUGCACAUUCAGUAAGUGACUAUUAAUACCAGGCCCUCAUCUGUGACGUUAAGCUGCAUGCACAGGAGCAUCUCCUACCCUGUGAUCCAAAACCAAGAUCCAUAAAUGCAAUGUGAUGUGACUGACCCAACAUCUGUUUCACUUGGCUUCAUUGUACAAUGAUUCAAAUCUGUUCUGUAAUAAACUUUUCUUAACAUCAUUAAAUGUAAUUGGGAAGCAGAGGAUCAUGCGAUCACUCCCAUGUUCUUGAUGGGUUGCCGGGUUGUAGUCAAUUAAGGUAAAAAAAAAAAACCCAGCAUGAGACAAAUCUUGCAGCUGGCUGGCACUCCUUCAUUUCUAUGGCAACUCCAUGGAAAUUAAAUAUAAAAGCUCGAGCACGGGGACGUGGAAAAGCAGGCCAGGACAAUUCAUCACAGAAACACUACACGAUGGAAAAAAAAAUAUAUUGUUUUCAUUUCUUUAAUGGUCAGAGAAGAAAUAGGUCACCCUUUUAUUUUUAACACUGAUAAAUACAUGGGUUCUGCUAAUCAGAUCUAACAGGGGGGGAAAAAGAAGAAAGGAAAAAGCUCGCGAAGGGGGAAAAACCCCAUCCAUUCGUGCGUUAAGACCAACAAAUGUGACCCUUUUAAAAAAAAAAAAAAAGAGAUUCCUUCCAAGGAGC